AUGAUUCAUACUAUUUCGGCAUCAUUUGUCCCCCACUCACAAGUACAUUCAGACGUAUAUUUAUUUGUCUGCGUAUCACAAUCAGACUGUGUCGCUCUGACUGAUUUCACUCUUGUUGAAAAUUCCAUGAUUCGACGGUUUUGCACAUUAGUUCUUUUCUUUUGUUGUGUUUCCUUAUUCCUCUUUCCUGACUUUUUUACUCCAGAAACACUAAUUUAUUCGUCUAAAACGAAAACCCGACGAAACCUUGUCAGUCAAAAACGGAAUUCCUCUUCGAAAUGUGUCGUUCGUCCACCAGACCCGUGGGACCAAUCGAUUCUGGAAUAUGUUCUCGACGACGGCUCGAGGCCAGCUCAACUCGCAUGUCAAGCAGCCAAAGUGCAGCCAGAACUCAGUUAUUUAGAUAAGAAUGGAUUUCUUCAUCUGAAUUCUACUGCCAUCCGAGAAAGUAAUUUAGAAGUCGAAUGCCAAUAUCGAACCUAUGAUAAAAUGGACGGAGAUGAUGAGAAUGUAUCGUAUUCUUAUUGGAUCCAAUUCAACGUAAGCAAUUCUGCAAAAAUCGACGACGAAUUCGUAGAAGUCUCCUGUCAACGAACUUGGUUCCCACGUACAAGAGUCUACUCCAACAACCACAACCAAAUAACACCAAUCCAGAAAAAAGAGCCUGCUAAUAAAAACGAAACGGCCUCCUCAGUCAUCAUUAUAGUUCUCGACUCGGUCUCACACUCCAAUUUCCGGCGCACGAUGAAUAAAACGCUCGAGGCAUUGCACACUCACUAUGGCUCAUUUAUAUUCGACGGAAUGACAAAAGUCGGCGAUAACUCUUUCUCGAAUGCCGUCGGAUUUUUUGCCGGCAAGUGGUGGGAUACCGAGUUCGGAGACGUUCAUGGAUUCUUUGAUGAGCAUGACUUGAUUUGGAAACGAUACCGAGAAAAAGGCUAUCGCACACUAUUAUCCGAAGAUUAUCCCGGAUUCAAUCUAUUCAAUUAUCUCUCUAAAGGUUUUGAAAAGAAACCGGUGGACCACUACUUUCGGCCUUUUUGGCUAAACGUCUACUGGUCCUACGUACAUAGAAGAAGCAAAAACUUGUGUUAUGGAAACCACCGAAUGCAUAAUUUACAACUCAAUUACUUAUCACAGUUCAUUACAAAAUAUUCAGACCGACCUAAAUUUGGUGUUUCUUGGUUUACUGAACUGGGACACGAUUGGCUGAAUCAAGUUCGUUACGGGGAUGAUGAUUUAGCCGAAUUCUUAACAAAACAUGUAAGAGAUCUCGAACAAUCCUAUUUGAUUGUAAUGUCUGAUCAUGGACAUCGAUUUGAUAGUAUUCGAAAAACUAGUGUUGGAAGGCAAGAGGAACGUCUUCCAUUCUUUUCCAUAUCUCUGCCAAAAAAGUUACGGAGCAAUCAAAAUCUAGUGCAGACCCUCAAAGCUAACACAAAGAAGCUCACAUCCUUCUUCGACGUUUACACUACGUUCAGACACAUUCUCUCCUAUCCAAAUGCUCCAGAAACUAAAAGAGGAAUAAGUCUACUGCUUCCCGUGCAAGAUCGAUCUUGUGAGACGGCUCACAUCCCGGAAGAAUUCUGUGUUUGUGAGUUUGAAGUUGUGUUGAAUGUGACUGCUAAUGCGAGGGUGCGAACAAUGGCUCAAGAUUUUGUGAAGGAAAUCAAUCUUCGCCUAGAGCCUCACGUUCAGUGUGUUCAGCUGCAGUUGAAAACCAUUGUGGCUGCGAAUUUAGUAGGGGAAGUUGAUGAACACAAGUUCCGAAUUACAGUAGAGACUUCACCCUCGAAUGCAGUGUUCGAAGCUCUCAUAUUUUUCGAUACAUCAAGUUCUCAAUCUACAGUAAUAGGUGAUAUCAAUCGAAUUAACAAAUACGGUAAUCAAUCGGUGUGUGAGAAGCCGUCGCCGCCACGACAAAACGAAAAUGAAGGGACGAGCACUGCAAAGGCUCGCUUGGCGACGGCGACGGCGACGGACAACGACACGGAGCAAGAAGCCGUCGACGACGCGGACGAAGAGAAGGGAAAUGGGCGGAGCGCCGCCUGGAAACGGGUCCAGUCGCUGCUGCUUCACUUGCUGCUCCGUCGCAGUCGCAGCCGCCAUCAAACGAUCCUAAUUGUGGACUUAUCGAGAGGACGAGAAGAGGCGCCGCCAGAAGAGAAAGAGCCCUUUUUGAAAAAUUUUUUGUUUUCGAAUUUUUGUAAAUUAUUAGUGAACAGAUGUCAUAUUUCUCAUAAGCACCUUCUAAAAAAUGUCAUACGAGAUUUCAGUUUUUCAGAGUGGUCUAAAAACGUUCGAGAUAGGAAGCUUGGGCAACUAGAUGAUAAACCAAAUGGUAAACGUUGA